AUGGCGGUUCUUGAUGUCUGUAGAUUGAAUAAAUUUGGUAUUGGGGCUCUUCUUGAAACAAAAAUAAAGGGAAUGAAGAUUAAGGAAGUUAUGUGUUCUACUUUUGUUGGUUGGGAUUACUAUAGUAGUUUGAGCUUGGAGGACAGAUUGGGAGGGAGACCUAUUUUAGUGAAGGAAACGGAGGUUGCGAGGAAGUGGCUUGACCUUGGUAUGGCUGAUGAACUAAAGAUAAUGGGAUCAUUUUAUACUUGGUCUAAUAAUCAAGAAGGGGGGAAGCGCAUAUUUUCUAAGCUGGAUAGGGUGUUUACUAAUGAAGCUUGGCUUGAUCUAUUUCUGUUAGUUAGUGCUGUUUCUCAUUGGGAGGUAAUAUCAGAUCAUUGUUUUAUUCUUCUCAAGCAACUUGUAGAUAUGAGGAUGGGGGUGAAGUCGUUUCGUUUCUAUAAUAUGUGGGCCUCUCAUCCUAGAUUUAGGGAGACAGUCUUGGCUAGUUGGUCUAAACCGCUACAGUAUGAAGGUCGUGGCUUGGAACAGAUUGUUUGGAAGCUUACUCGUCUGAAACAUGUUUUGAAGUAUUUUAAUUGGCAGGUUAUGGGGGAUGUUGCUUGUAAUUAUGAGAGAAGUAAAAUUUUAUAUCAACAUGCCAAAACCAAUCUACUUGCUGAUCUAAGUAAUAACAGAUUGAACUCUGAGGAAAGAGAUGCCUAUUUUUUAAAGAAGAGGAUCAUAGCUAAUAGGAUUGUGUCAUUUAUCGAUGAUGAUGGUCAGGUUGAGGAUGAUUAUAAUAAGGUUAUCCAUCAUUUUCUUCAGAAUUUUAAGAACUUUUUGGGUGCUGCAAGUAAGGCGUCAGGUAGAAUUGAUCCUCAAGUUAUUGCUUAUGGUCCGGUCUUGGGUCUAGAAGCUCAGAUUCAGUUAAUCAAGCCGUUCACUUAUCAUGAAGUUAAAGCGGCUUUGUUUAGCAUUCACUCAAUUAAGAGCCCAGGUCCUGAUGGUUAUGGAGCGGGAUUUUUCAAAGCACUAUGGAAGGAUAUAGGUAAGGAGGUCUCUAUGGAUGUCCUUAAUUUCUUUGAUUCAGGUAGUAUCCCUCAUUAUCUGAAUAAUACUAUCAUUUCUCUUAUUCCUAAGGUGGAUCAUCUGGUUUCGGCAGCUGAUUUUAGGCCUAUUGCUUGUUUCUACACUCUACAAAUGCAUUUCAAAAAUGAUGUGUAG